AUGAGUGCUGCAUCACGCGCGAAGAGAAAUAGGCCCCAUGGAGGUGCUAUGGUGCCAGAAUCCAACUCUUUGCUUUCUAGAAAGGAGGAAAACGUCCAAUUACACGAUGAAGCCGACUUGGUCAAUUUCAGAACUGACGCUUAUACUAGAUUCGUGAAUAAUCAGGAUUUAUUAGAGAAUGUCACACUGAAACCAUUUCACACGCUGGCCAUUUCACCUCCAUCAUCGUUCCCGGUGCAUUCCAAGCCUAAAUACGAAGAUUCGGCUACAGAUGAGGAAGUUCUAAAAGUUUUAAAGGAAAUGAAGCCAGAUGAGCUAUUUUUGGGUGACUUGCGCCUAAUGAAAGCAAAGAUGCUGCUCUCCUUGAAGGAGUUACAUGAUGCUGAGAAGGAGUUUGAGGAGCUAAGUCCUAAAGUAGUGUUUAGCGAGAAAACCAUCUUCCAAGGAGCUGCUAUCGAGAAGCUAGCGUCUCUCCAGCGCUCUUGCAACGACAUGGAAGCGUUGGAGGCACUCAACGAAGCUAUGGAGGAGACGUUGGCUCAGUACAAACGGCAAUUUUCGGGUACUCUUGAAGUACAACAGGAAUCAUACAAAAAGUUUUCUGUUCCUGUGAGUGAAUUGGCACCAGACCUCGAAGUCAAGCAAGCUCCGCCGCUGUAUAAUCCAAGGCUGAUCAUGUCAUUUAUUGACAUUAAUGGUGAGCCCAACAAUAGAGGCAUGGGGGGCCAAGCAUUCAACGAGAACGCUAACAUGUUACUCGAUACAGAAAAGUUGGCAGGCCAGCUUCCCUUCAUGAACAAUGGAAUGCAGGGUAAUGACGAUUUCAGCAUGAUGAUGGAACUGGAGCCUAAGAGUGGUAACGCUGCUUCCAGACAUCCAAGCGGUCCGGCGUCUGUUGAGUAUUCGAGUGCUACACCUUACAGUGGAUCAAACUACAAUGUGGAUAGCGGAAACUUUAAUCAGACAGAGUAUGCCAAUGAGAACAAGGCGGCUGGACCUGGCUCCAGUGGACCAGGGCCAAUCCGGAAUAACAACCAAGAUAAUGGCGGCAAUGAAGAUGUUAAUAUGGAUGAGCUCAAUCAAUUUUUGGCCGAGCCUACCGAUAAUGAUGCGAUGGUGGAUAUGGAUGCAUUGAUGAACUUUGACCAAGAUAAUGACAAUGGCGAAGGUCUUAUUGGAGACAAUGAGUUCAAUGUGAACUUCCUCAGUCAGAUGGACAAUGACAUGUAG